AUGACUGAGCUCAAUAUCGGAGCUAAUUGUUCUCAGGAGGAUUGCAAGCGGUUAGAUUUCCUGCCUAUCAAUUUUGAACUCUGUAGUCGUAUCUUUUGCAUGACUCACAGUUCCUUGACAGCGCAUAACUGUCCUAUAUCAAAUCCUUCCUAUCCUGAAGAAUCUAUCAGUCAUAGACAGUAUCAUGAUACUGAUAAUGGUGAAGAUAAUACGGUAAUUCAUAAACAAAAAGAAGUUCAUGAAUGUCCUUUCCUGGAAUCAAAUCAAAAGGAUAAAGGCCAGUCAGCUAAAGCUGUUGUUGUCGAUCGGGCUGCUUUAAAUGCUAUUUCGCAUACACCAAUUGGAAAUAAACCAAAGGAGUCAACUACCACCAAACCGCUAAGUGAUCGUGCUCGAGCUGCAAAAGCUAAACUGAUUUUACUAAGAGCUGAAAUGGAAGCUUUACCAGGUGGUAAACAUCCCAGAGACAUACUAGAAUGA